GAGAUCACGUGAAAGAACCAAAACAAAUAUGGCGGUCACAGAGCGAGUACUACUAAGCUAAGCAGUGAGCUUCUUUGCGUUUCUUUUCAUUUUACUAGUAAUUUCUACAACCUUUUACGGUUUAAGGACAGUCGUUUAACGAUUACGAGCGUCCUCCGCUGCUGUGUUCAUCACAGAGCAAAACCGAAACCAGGAAGAUGAACGGAAGUGUCCUCCGCUGGUUUGAAAACAAACAUCCGCCUUUGUGUCGCGUGCAUUUCUGUGUCCCUGUUUAAAGAUGGACAGACGUGAACUCUGAGGUAUAGUUACGUCUGCGAUGUUCGCGGAUAACGCCGCGGAGCGUCGACACUGGAAAUAAGGACGAGCCGUCAUGGGUUUUGUUAACUUUGUGAUCACCUCAGUGGGGAAAUGUCUGGACGCGGUCUGUUUCCUCCUGGACCUGAACUUCCUCAUGGUCCACACCGUGGUCCGGACUCUGCUGGCUGUGCUGGCCUUCAUCCACAGCGUGCCGUCCCUCCUCAUCAGCUCGGCUCUGCAGCUGGGGAACCUCUUCAUGUACUGCGGCAUGUGCGUGGCGGAGGCGUCCUCCAAUCUCGCCCACGGCUCGGUCACCUUGCUGGGCAGCGUGGUCCUGGCCCUGGAGGGGCUGCUGGAGAGCCUGAAGAUGGUGGGAUACCUGUCCAUGCACGUGCUGCUCAGAGGGAAGGAGCACCUGUGCCGCAGUCUGCUGUCACUCCUGGAGGGUUGUGGCAUUGCCCUCAGCCUGGUGGUCUACUUCACCAAUACUGUGGUGAACUUCGCCCUCAUAGCCACCCACAACGUCUACUUAGCAGUGGUCAGCGUGUGGCAGACCGUGUCCAGCCCGCUCCAGAAGGUGGUGGAGCUCGCUCUGACCUCCAUCACUUUUCUGUCCAGCUGCCUGACGGGGACGUCAGCUUUCCUGUGGUCUCCUUGCAAACUGGUUCUGGACUUCCUGAUCUCUCUGCUGCACAUGUUCGUCAGUAUCUUCAUACUGAACAUCUAUGGCCUUCUGCUCACCAUCACGAUCGCCUUGACUACCACCGCCUACCUUAACCCAGGGCUGGCCCAUCAAGCCUUUAUCCGCGCUGUGGAUUACAUGAAGUCCUUCCGUCCUCUGCGGGGAUUUUAUCUCGCUGUCCAUCGCCGCGUCACCACCCUGUGGAACACUCGACACCUGCUGCACCGACACGUGCAACGCCUGCGCAGGUCACUCAGUCAUCUCCACCUGCUGCAGGCAGCCGUGUGGCAGCAGCUGUCUCAACGCAGCCAGCAUCUGUGUCAGCUCCUGCGAACGAUGCUGCACAGGGGAUACCGGGUCCAAGGCGAUGGCGGCCCCGGAGAGAGGAGGCGGGACCCGCCGGAUGGGAGAGCAGGAGACGGCGACCACCGGGAGCUGCUGGAUUUAGUGUUUCCCUCCUCCAGCAAAGAUCCCCCUUUGAAAAAAAAGCUGCUGUCUUCCUCAAAGAAAAAUAAACAUUUGCCUGCUGAAAGCCUGCUGACUCUGCUGAAGGAGCAGGAGGAGAGGAAGAAGUGUGUAAUCUGUCAGGAUUGCACCAAAACUGUGGUGCUGCUGCCAUGCAGACACCUGUGCCUGUGUCGAGACUGUACCAACAUCCUUCUGAGACAGCCCAUCUACCAGCAGAACUGCCCUCUGUGUCGUCACAUGAUCCUCAACACUAUGGACGUGUAUUUAUAGGGAUCCAUGGACACUUGAAAGGGCAGAACCUCACAGCCUUACAGUAUUUACAUGAGUCAUCUAAUGAUAACCCUAAGAGUAACAACACUGUUCUCAUGUGAAAUUAAACCUGUUCUUUCUUUAUAAAAGCUGUAAAUCUUUAAAAAAGCAUCUCCAAUGUUUUAUUUUGAAGGUACUCUACAAUCUUAAAGGGAUCGGUGUAAAAAAGAGAAUGUAGCAGAUACUUGGCAUUUUGAUUUGACUAUUUUAGAUCUGAAAAGUAAAGAAGAUUUCCAGACUCUUCGUACAAAACUGGGUUGAAAGCUGUGGAAAUCAAAAGUUGCACAUACUUAAAGUGGAUGCCAAAAAUCUGCAAUCAGUUAAACCACAAUCUAAGCUUCAUUCUGUGCACAUUGUACACCAAAAUAAGACAAAUAUUGAUUCAUAAUUGCUCUAUAAUCUGUUUUAUAGACCAAAAGUAUUUUUUUCUAUGCUAGGGUAGUGCUGACACUAUAACAGUCUUAUUUUGAUUUACUUCUUUUGUUAGCUGUGGGCAAGUAUUUUCUUUUUCUAAGGAAAAAGGAAAUACUAUAAAUAGUAUUUGUACUCAUUUUUGCAUAGUCAAUGCAUAUACUGUUAAAAGUAUUUUGAUUUUUGCCUCUUUUAGAGCAUUUUUCUGGAUUUCUACCCUCAUUAACCCCUUAAGCAUUGCACCCUAAUGCAAUGUUUCUAAUGCUGGAUCGACUUAAAAUCUUGAAUACAAAUGAGGCAUCCUUUUUACUUUAAACCCAAGACAAUUACUAAUACAAGUGGAAUGUACCAUGUGUGUAGGAGGGUCGUCAGAAAUGCAAAAACUCUAAAACUGUGUACACAAACAUCAUGCAGGUUAUCAUGCUUAGUCACUACUUGAAGCAGCUGCAGUCUCUGUUGUAUCACUACACUGCUGUUUGGAAAAAGUCGAGUCUCAGGUCCACGUGUGCCCCACCGUACAGCUUUUCCGCCGCUCAUGUCUUAAAAUGUUGCACAAGAACAGAGCAACGGUGUUUUCCUGCGUGAAGACUGAGUACAAGGACUGUGAGGUUUCACCAGUUUUAUCUGCUCCUGUCACAGAGCUGUCGACUCAUGAGGAGUUUACAGUUUCUCUCUCAGCUCUGUCGCAUUAGAGGCUUUUCCAGCUCUGUUACCGUCACCUCCUCCAAACAAUCCAUAAAUGGUUUCCCCUUUCUGUCUAACCCCAUGCGAAAGUAGAUUUCUGUUGUAUAAAAAGCUCCAUAAACUAAUAACACUACACAGCUUUUCUGGUUUAUUUAAUGCUAUAAAAGUUUACAAAUCAUGAGCUGUGCUGUAGAGAAGAGCUGGGAUCAGAUGAGUCUGAAUUUCCAUUUUUAUCACAUUUCAUUUUUUUAAGCCUUAUUAUUUUUAAAUCAACAUACAUUUUGUGCUAUGUGAUGAAAUAGGAUUUUGUACAUGCUGUGAUGUAAAAAAAUGGUGAAUGAAUGUUUUUUUUUCAUACUUUGGCUCCUCAGGUAUUUUUUAAACAGUGUUGGCAUUCUUUACUAAUUCCUGGAGUGGAUUUGAAAAUGUGACUUGGCUGUUGUUUGUUGCUACAUGUGAAAUGUAUGAAAUAUGAAAGAUUUGUGCAAUUUUUUUUUACAGGUGUGAUACUGCAAUAAAACUAGCAAGUUCAUAAUAAAACAACA